AACCAAACAUUAACACCUUUAUGCCCGAACAAAGAGCUUCAAGUACUUACUACAUAUUUCUAAAUGACAUUUGAAAUUAACUUUUCACAAACCAUCCCUUUGUCCUCUGCAUCUGCCUGAUCUGAAAAUACCUAUCUGUUGACAUUCUCCCACUACUUAGCAUCUAUCUCACUUUAAUAUUUGAAAAAGAAAGAGAAGUCGUAAGGGCUGUAGAUGCGCACGCAGCUUUCCCAGAGCCCUUGCUUCGCGUAGAACGUGCAACGCUCGUCACUCACUCCGCCGCCGGAUCGCGUCGCGUGCGGACGUGUAGCGUCCAAACUUCGUUCGUAAAGUGCGUUAUGGAUAUCGCGAGUUCGUAAUUAAUUCGUUACUCAAUCGUGCGUUCAUUUCGAUUAUCGUGUACUCUUAAUUUUUACGGUGUUUAAAAUAAUUAUGAUAUAAUAUUUUCUUUUGUUUUCGACGGUUUAUUUGGAUUGUAACCUUUUCGAUGAUGGGCGUUAGUGGUUGUAUGAGCGUGAGGCAGGCUAGGGGCUCCUGUCACUGCCCCGCGUGCCCUAGGGCUUCGGGCCAUGGGGUACAAAUGCCCCCUCAAACGCUCGUACUCCCCCCUAUGGCCUUAGAGCCAGAAACAACCCCUGUGAAGGAUAAAAAGGGAUCCAAAAUGAAGGUCCUCAAGAAAAUUAAGAAAAAAAUCGGACUGGCGCCCCGAACAUCAUGCACAGGUGGAACUCCAAACAACCUCCCGCCUCUUGGCUUCCAUUCAGUCCAUGGAGAGAAUGUCAGGGUCUCCAGAGACGGCUCCAUGGCUCGUCGCGUGGAGUCCUUCUGCAAGGGUGUGGCCUUCAGCGCAAGACCUGUCAGGGUUAAUGAGAAGGUGUGCCUACGCUUCGUCGAAAUUUCGAACAGUUGGAGUGGUGUUAUCCGAUUUGGAUUCACGAACCAUGACCCUGCCACACUCGCGCACGCGCUCCCUAAGUACGCGUGCCCAGACCUCACAAACAAACCUGGCAACUGGGCCAAAGCUCUCGGCGAAAGAUUUUGCGAAAAAGACAAUAUUCUUUAUUAUUAUGUCAAUUCUUCUGGAGACGUCCAUUUCGGAGUAAACGGGCAGGAUAAAGGUCUAUUCUUCUCAGGAGUCGACACACGAAACCCUCUAUGGGCGCUAGUAGAUGUCUACGGGAACUGUACAGCGGUUCAAUUCGCGGAUCCUCGAGCCCCGAGCCAAAGGAGACACAGCCCAGUUGAGGAAGAUAGACUAGUAGGUAGCAUGAGGUCUUUAACCAUGGAGGAACCGCUUCCACCUCCUAGAUACCAAAAUCCUCUGGUACCGCUCAGUCUACACAGAACUAAGGGAAGAAACGUCCAAUUUAUAAAUGAUAGAGGCAUUGCUGCGAGAGCUGACGCAGAAUUCUGUCAAGGAUACGUCUUCACAGCUCGUCCUAUGCGUCCAGGGCAGACUAUUGUCGUCCAAAUCCUAGCUACAGAAGCGGCUUAUGCGGGCAGCUUAGCUAUUGGCUUAACAUCAUGUGAUCCAGGCACCUUAAGACCCUGUGACUUACCUGAUGAUGCAGAAUUACUUCUAGACCGUCCGGAAUAUUGGGUAGUUAGACGGGACGCUGCAAACGGUCUUCGAAGAGGCGAUGAACUAGCUGUGACCCUUACUUUGGACGGAGAGGUCCGUGUAAGCAGGAACGGGUCAACUCCAGUCACAGUCAUGCAUGUGGACCAUACGCUGAGGCUAUGGGCCUUUGUGGAUAUCUAUGGAGCUACGCAGAAAGUCAGAAUGCUCAGCACUCAAGUGGUGCAGCAAGCUCAAACUCCUCCUCAGCAGUUGAGGGUUCUAACAGGUACCGCAGCCCCGAUCACAGCGGGAGCCGGUGGAACUGUUCUCGUGGUUAGUCUACCACCUCAGAAUGGAAGCCAGAAUGCAAAUAAUCAACAGAGUUUGACUCUUGCUAGCGCGCAUUAUAUUGAGCCCAUCCAAACAACAUCACAACUCUGUCUAACCGGACUACCAAUCAACCAGCCGGCAACCUGCAACUAUCAACCACAACCAACCCGCCCACGACCAGACAACCAGUGCUCAUCGACGAGCCAAAACAACUUGAACGAGCAGGCACAACUUCCCAACGGGCAUUCAGAACCUUUAAGACUUGCAGACAGGCUGCAAAACGGGCCCUCAACCAGUCGCCAUCAACCCAUAUACUCCGUGAUUGGCGAAGGUGGGACAACUGGUAACCUUACAGGGACGGAAUGCACAAUUUGCUACGAGAAUCCCAUAGAUUCUGUGCUGUAUAUGUGUGGGCAUAUGUGUAUGUGCUACCGGUGCGCUGUCCAACAAUGGAGAGGUAAAGGUGGGGGACAAUGUCCCCUAUGUAGAGCCCAAAUCAAAGAUGUAAUCCGCACAUACAAAUCUUGAUAUGUUAGAUGCCAAAAUGAAUAUUUAAUCCAAAAAAAUGUGUAUAUAUCUGGUAUUUAAGGUUAGGUGAGGUUUGUACUGAAACCAGGGCCGGAUUAACCCUGAGGCGAAUUAGGCAAGUGCCGGGCGCUAGGAUACAGAGGGGCGCCGCGAGACGCGCGUGCACAACUGCCCAUAGAGUGAAAAUUAGGGUCGCCUUUGAGGUGCUUGCCUAUGGCGCUCUCUAGGUUUAAUCGUGCCUCCGAAUGAAAUUGUAAAAAAGAGGGUGAGAAAUUCGUUAAAGCUUGAAUGCGUUUGUACAUUUUUUGAUCUGGUUUCAGUCCAAAAAUUGUUUAGAAACUAUUAGUAAUUAAUAUAUGAAUAAUAAUAAUAUAUUUAAAUUGCGUUUCGGGUUAAGUCGGUUAUUUAUAUUGGCGGCGGAUGUAAACGGCUAUGAUUGGUUAAAAGUUGACAUACAGACCAGCGUUUUUUAUUUUCAAGUUUAUUGCCUUGUAAGGAGGGUAGGAAAUCGUUUGAAGGGUAACAGAAAUAGGUAUAACUUGAUCUGCUGGCGAGUCUGUGCUUUAAUUGGCAGUAUUUGGGUUAGUUUUCAAACUGACUGGUUAUUCGUUAAGGUUUUUAAAAAAAUAACGGCUGAAGUGCCAGUUUCGAAAUGUUUAUGAUACCUUUAAUAGCAAUGUCCGUCUGAUAGAUUAGUUUAAAAUAUUCGACACGUAUUUUUCUUUUCUUUUUUGUGACAGUGAUUUCUAGUUUUCUGAUCGUUUGAAAUAGCGUAUGACGUCACUCCUUAGUACCUACAUUUUUACCCGACUGUUAUGCUUAGGAAUGACGUAGCGAGUUCUUAUUACUAAAUUUUAUUCUCGUUAUAUCUAAGUACUGUUUUCUUUUAAAAAUACUUGUCUAAUAUUUGUUCAUUGUCUAACUGAUGGACAAAAAGAAAUUAAAUAUUGGAAUUGACUUAUUGUCAUUACUUUUCUGCAAUUUUUAUCUUUCUUGCUAAAUUACUAGCGAUGUCUUGUAAAAUUUAGUUUUGUCUAUUUAUUCUUCAGUAUUUGUAAACAUUUUGAAACUUGUACUUGAAAAGGUUUUUGAGGUUAUUCUCAAAAGAUAGGAAUCAAGAGCUAAUAUUUAGCGGGAUGACAUGGGUCGAAAAUUUUAUACAAAAUAUUUUUUUUUAAUAACAAAAACUACGUUGCGUUGACCUUUUUUUUUUAAUUUCUAAGACAUGAAUAUAAUUUCGAAAAAGGGCUGAUUUUAAUAUCUUCUGCGGUGCGGUAAAAUAUUAAAGAAAUGUAUUUUUUUAGUCACAAAAGCGAAUUCGUUAAAACAUCAAUUUCGAAUUUAAUGUUAUAGAAAAUUCAACCUUAUUUCUACAUACAAAUUAUUCCUUUUGAGAUAAAAUUAAGACGGACGACUUCGGCCACUUUCGUCAGAAUUCGGGAGUUGAUCGUCAUUUUUUGUCAUUAAACGAAUAUGUGCAUUAGUUCGCAAAUAAGGAACGAAUUUGCUUUUUUGAUUCUGUGCUAACAUGAAACGACUGUAACUGACAAACAAUAUAUGAUUAGCUCCGA